AUGUUAAGCCUCACCUUUGGUGUAGUAUAUUCAAGAUCUAAUCUCAAAGCUUUAUCCUGUAAUUAUCUGAAGCAUAAGUGUAGGACACUUUUGGUUAGAGCUAAAACCAUACAUAAUAUCAAUGUUAUAAAGAAUAUUGAUCACAAGCUGCAGAAGCUUACCACAUUCAGUACAAGGAUACCAUUUUUUAGAAUUAUAAAGAUAGUCACAGUCAAGGCCAUUUAUAUUAGUGUUAGGCAAUUGGACAAUUUUAGACAAUUUUGA